CAAGCCCGAUCGAAAACCGGUCCGACAGGUGGGAAACUGGUGCAGUGCACUGGGCACGCCCGUCUCUGUCAGCAGAAGAAUGAAGGGCUGAGAGGAUGAUGGAUGCUGGAAGUGGGAGGUGUCAGCAGGUAGGGGGAAGUCGGACCUACUUGUUGUUUCAAUUAAGGUCAGUGACAAACACACAGUAGAGGGGAAAGCAGCCGAGGAGAGAAGAAAGAGGAGAAAAGAGGUGUUUAAUGUGGCACCAACAUGCUCUAACCAGUGAUCGGUGACUGAGUAAAACGUCUGGAUGUGAAAAAGCUCCACCCACCUGCACUCACCUCCACUCUCCACUCUCUGCUGACCUGAGUCCGAUGGAUAAGCAUGACAUGAACGAGCCCCCUCCUCCUUACUACUCUCUUUCCCUGCACGCCCAGCCCCCCCUCAAGUCCUAUGAGGAGGUGGUGUAUGGUGUGGGUCCAGGCCUGACCCCCCACACCCAUCCCCAUUACAUCCCGCAGUAUUCUCCACCUGCGGUUGUUCCCCAAGUCACACAUUCAAGCAUACCCCCCAGCAGUAAGAGGAGGAGGUGCUGUGAGAACACUGCCCAGUGUUACGGAGGCUCAGGGGGAACCUUACUGGUGCUCGGGCUGCUGGCACUGGCCAUCUGGCUUGGAAUUCGUUAUGGCACCAGGUUGGCAACAGUAGCAAUCCUCAAUGAUCAGUAUGAAGAUUACAACAAUGAUAAAGAAAAUCCACCUUUGCAAACCCAUGACACCUGCCCCAACGAUACUGUCAAAUGUGAUGGGAGAAAAGACUGCAACCUGGGCACGGAUGAAGCAAACUGUGUGAGGUUUACCAAGGUGGGCGGCCUGCAGGUCAAGACAUCUCAAGAUGGCCGCUUCCUACCUGUGUGCUUCCAAAACUGGGAUCGAGACUACGCCACCCACACCUGCACUCAGCUUGGAUUCAGAGGGUACUUUGCUACCAAACCUAGUAAAACCCCGGACUCCAAGGCUUUAACACUGACCAGCAGAUCCUCUUCAUAUAUCCAGGGUCAGGUAACAGUCAGUCCAUCCUGUCCAAAACAGGAGACUGUGUCCCUGCAGUGUGUGGACUGCGGUCGGCAGCAGUCUAGAGCCCGGAUCAUUGGGGGCAGCGCCGCUAAGAUCGGUCAGUGGCCUUGGCAGGUUUCACUACACUUCAGAGGGUCCCACGUCUGUGGAGGAGUCCUGAUCUCUCCUGAUUUUGUGCUGACUGCUGCCCACUGCUUCCCAAGUUCCAACCCGUCAUCUCUCUUGGAGCGGAAUUGGGAAGUGUUUGCUGGAUCGGUGUCUCUGGACAGACUAUCUACGCGGUACCUGGUUCAGAGGAUUAUACUCAAUCUGGACUACAACGAGGGCACAAAUGACCAGGACAUUGCUCUGCUCAAACUCAGAUCUCAAGUAGAUUUCAAUGAUAAAGUCCAGCCAGCCUGUCUGCCAGCUUCAGACCAGCAAUUUUCCCCACAAACGAGCACAUGUUGGACCUCCGGAUUUGGCACCACUGAAGAACAAUCAGCUACUGUCUCCAGGGAUCUGAUGGAAGUGAAGGUGAACCUCAUUAAUGAACAAGUGUGUAACAGACGUGACGUGUACGGAGGCAGAGUGACGAAGAACAUGAUCUGUGCCGGGCUUCUGGAAGGAGGCAAAGACUCCUGUCAGGGUGACAGUGGUGGACCUCUGGUGUGUCAGGAAGGGGGUCGUUGGUACGUGCUAGGGAUCACCAGCUGGGGAGCCGGGUGUGGUCAAAGAAACAAGCCUGGUGUUUACACCAGGGUCAAAAGUUUUCUGCCCUGGAUCUACAGCAACAUGCAGCGAUCGAUGGCGUGAUGUCCCUUUGUCUCCUGCUGGCGGUCUCCCCCCCGGCCCAUCCCAAAUGACCCCUGCACUAUGGAGCAGAGAGAAGGAUGGAAUAAAUUGAUGAGGUGUUUCAUGCUGGCUUGGUGGAGCAGCUGCACGAUUAAAAUGCACAACUUGAAUCUGUCUUGGGGUUAAUCCUCUAUCAUACAGCUGUUCUGGGUAUUACCUGAACCUGAUUGUUGCUACACAAAAAAAAUGAUGCACUGACUUGAGUCUUGCAUUCUUAUUUUUAUCCUUCUGUCUCUUGGCGCCUCAGUCAUAUCAUACACUUAUGUUUCACCUUCAUGUUAAACAAGCUUUAAAGAUGGCUGGCCCUUCUCUUAUGUGUUCUGUGCCAUUAAAACACAGUCCACUUUAUUGUGAUCGCCCUUAUAUACUCUUUAAAAAUGAUUCAUGAUUGUAGAGGUGUGUUUGUUCUUCUCAGGGACACAUCUCAGGCUUUUCACUGCUGACUAUUGUUUACCAUAUUAGAAUUAAAAAAGGACACUUUAUCUAUUUACUUUGUGAAGAAAGAAAGCGAGUGUGACCCUUGACCCUCUUGAGCUCUGCCCGUAAGCUCCAAUUACACUCACACUGUGAAAAUUUUCAGAAAUUAUUCUUCUGACAUUAUAUGUCAAUGUGUGUGCUCUCUGUGUGUUGUAUUUAUGUGCAGUGGCCAUGUUGUUUAAAAUAUUUUUCUAUUUGUCUAAUGUGUGGGAUCACUGAGCUUUAUACACUGAGCA